GGCCGCAGCCUCCCCGUCAGCCCUGCGCCUUCCGCGGAGGGGGCGGCAGCGCGCCUUGGCCGCGGGGUGGGCGAGCGGCCGCCUUCAAGGAAAGCUUGAGCCUCGCGCGCUGCCGUCCGCGGCCCGGAGAGCAGCGCUGCCGCAGCACCCCCCGCCGCCAUCCCGCCGGCGCCGCCGCCAUGUCCGGCCUGGCGAGGACCCCCGGCGCGCUCAAGUCGGUGGACUACGAGGUGUUUGGCCGCGUGCAAGGUGUUUGUUUCAGAAUGUACACAGAAGAGGAAGCUAGGAAAUUAGGAGUGGUCGGCUGGGUUAAAAAUACCAGCAAAGGGACUGUAACGGGCCAGGUUCAGGGCCCAGAAGAGAAAGUAAAUGCAAUGAAAUCCUGGCUAGCUAAAGUUGGAAGCCCAAGCUCUCGCAUAGACCGAACAAAUUUUUCUAACGAAAAGGAGAUUUCCAAGCUUGAUUUCUCAGGAUUUAGCACUAGAUACUAAUGGAGGAAAACGUAGCUACAAACAAAACUGUGAUAUUUCUGCUGCAUGAUGUUUCUGUGCCUCCAUAAAAUUGCACAAGACCAUUUUGAUGCUUUCUAUACUACAGCUAAGUAAAAAUGGUCUCUGUUUACAUAAUGUAAGAAUUCUUAAUUGCUGUGUAAGACAUUAUGUCACAUGAAUGCCAAUAUCUAAUACCUAAAAUGCCAGUAUCUAAUUUAUUGUAUCUUUAAAGCUAGACAAAGGUGCACUGUGCAUUUGUGCACAGUGAGAUUUGUUAUACAUAAACACAUGGAACUCAAUCUUUACAUCGUAACGGAUUCAUAUUUCAGAUGCAAAACAGUGAUUAUUUAUAUUCUGCUAUUUGUAAUUUCACCAAUCAUAUUUAAAUACACCCACUUUAAACAGAACUGGAACACUGAAUAAUAUAUUCUAACAGCUCUAUAUUGUAAAUCAUACUAUUUGUAAUAAUUAGUUAAGAUGUAGCAAUAAUUAAAAUAAAUGUACAUUGCUUCAGAAACUAAGAUUAAUCAGAUCUGGUUUAAAACUUUCGACAGUGAAGUAGAUAAUUUUUAGAAGGAGAUAAUGAAGUACAUCACUCUCACUUCUUUUUUUCUUGUUUACCUGCAGCUUACAUCAAUAUGGACUAUAAAUGUUAUUUCCAUCUUUUGCUUUUUUGAUGUUCAUGUUGAAAUUAACUGAAGGGUUCAUUUUUUUCCUUACCGAUGAGUAUUUGUUUCUCAGUUAGGAAUAUACAUCAGAAACUGAUUCAACAAGGUGCACCCGUGUACGUCAUGUCAAUGGUCCUGUGAAACCUGACAGUCACAUGCUUUAAGUAUUGGCUAAGUCUUAACAGUAUUGAGUCUAACUCUCAUAUGUACUGCUCUUUCACAGGUACCAAGGACUCUGUCAGUGCUGGAACUGAACUAUAUCCUCAGUUCUAAAGUAGUUCCCCUGUAUCAGGAUUAGCAUGUGUUGGAAGGCUUUGGUUAUAUCUGUGUGGUAUAUCCAAGCAGGCACCAGUGGGAUCUGGCAACACUCUGUGUUGGUGUGAUCAUGCAAGUCCAAGCUGUAAACCCUUAUGAGAAGUGUAUACUGGAUAAAGCUCGAUAAUGCUGCAGUCAUGUGGUCACAUGGCCUUGGUUGGGCUCUAAACAUGGGCUGUCUGCCUGGGCUAUAUCCUCUAAAAUGCCCAUUUAGUGGAUACUUACACUAGUAUUUCCACUGGCAGUUUUCUACCUCUUCUGAGGGUGAACAGUUGACUUAGGCAACAUCCUCAAAUACAGUUCUUUUUUUUUUAUUUCAAAAAAAGACAUUUCAUAAUUCAAACAUGUAUUUUCGUAUGUUCAGAGCAAGAUAUUCACAGAGAGGUGUACUGGCUACUGGAUUAGUUUUCACUGGGACUUUGUGCAUAAGGCACUAAAGACUCCUUUCUAGAAUUUGCAGGAGUUAUUUAUUAAUUGUUAUAGUUCAAAACACAGAUGACCUCUGUGAUUAUAUACAAGCAUCCUUUGUUGAAGUCGUCAUGAAUAAUCUUUGUUCAACUCAAAUGGUAAAUGGCAAAGUUCAAGUAUAGCAGUAACUCAAAAGCUGUUACAUCCUUCUCUGAAAACGGUAUCCUGCCCAGCCUAAGUGGUUUACAAUUUGCUUGAAGUUACCUGGCAGAAGACAUACACUCAGUAAAAGCCAUUUCCGGCCAAGAUUUUUUGUUCCUGUCUUGAGCGAGAAUGACAGAGAAAAGCAGAAAGCGGAUGGGACAUUAGAUACAUUAGAAAAGGAGACAAAGGUGAAAUUAUUGUUUUGAUAUGCUUGCAUGAGUGGGGCUGGAUGCUCACAAGAGCUCACUGACUUUACCCUGGCUCCGUUGGAAAUGCAAGGCUUGGGCAGGGGAAAACAGCCAUUUAAAAACUGCUAUUUUUUCUGAGAAAAUUCCCUUCUAGAGAAAUUUUAGAAAGUUGAAGGAAUCUGUAUGCAAAGUGUUUCUUGCACAUUGAAAAGCCAAAAAUAAUAUUUUAAGUGAUAUUGUGAGCGCUACACUGAAGGUUUUCACAAAACUUUUUUGAACUAAGGUAUUUCAGAAAGAGAUAUUUAUUUUAUUAU